GCCUGAUACAACUCUCAUACUCAACUCAUACUCUUGCUUAACUUACGCCCACUGGGUUGUGCUCUCAACUGGCUGCUCAAUUAACUCAGGGAAUGGCCGUAAUGGACUCGACAAAUGGAGAACAAGACAUCAUGCGGAUAUGGUCUCUCCUCACGGAGGUCUCUGAGCAUCUCACCCAGAACCGCUCGAUGUCCAUCUCAAUACACAACCUCACGAGCGGUGUCAAGAGCCAGGCAGUACACUCGCAGACAGGGUUCGUUCUGAGACGAUUCAAUCUAGACCAGCCGACGGAGGUCUACGACGCAGAGCUGGAGCGCAUGAACGCUGCGAUGGCUGCAGAGAACCAGACGUUACAGAACGAUAAUAGGCAACUCAAUGCCUUAAUACGCGAGUAUGAGCAAACGUUGGAGAACGUGAUGAGCCAGUUUCGCGCCCGUGCUUACGAAGUACAACAGCGCGAGCUCGCACUUCUGCGUGACUACGAGAACGCGAUCGUCGAACGUGAGACAGAAGCACUCGAUGCUGCGCUGUCAGAGAACAACUCACGUUCCGAGAGCCUUGCGCGGCUUGGUCGGCUGCUGCGUGCACUCAUCCAGAAACUCAGCGGCGAGGAUCUUCCCUCGUGCGAGGCUGCGAUGACAGUAGAGACGUCAUCCCAACCUGUGGCCUCAACUUCACAGGUCCCUCCACCACCCUCCGCAGAGCAUCAAUCCAGUGAAGAUCAGGCUGGCGACGGCGGUGAGGGCGCAAAGGAGGGCGGUGAAGCGGAGCUCUCAGAGGAGGUCGACGAUAAUGACGACCCUGAGAAGCUACAACGGAGAAUUGCCGCCGCGGAGUGGGCCCUCGAGCGCGAAAUUGAGCUCGCGCGAUUAGAACGGGAGAAUGAGGAGCUACGGGCACUGCUGCGAGGCGUCCUGAAUGCCGAGACAACCCCAGUGCACGCAGCGCCGGUAGCACGAAGGCCGGACCAGGAGCUGGCAGAGAUCAACGAGGAUGGUAGAGCUUCACCAGCGCUGUCGAUCGCAUCAUCGGCGGCGACGGUGAGACCUGGUGGGAGGAAGCUGGGCGGUCCGCCGGGGACUGUGGGUCCGUUCGGCUCGUACAAGAUGAGGAUGCAGAUGACUGGUCAGUGAAAGGCAUUUGUACUCGGAGACUUGUAGCUAUGUAGCCCUGGCUACUGGUUGACCAUUUGGGUGUUUGUAUGUCGAAUGUCACACACAAUAACUGCCAAGACACCUUGCCUUACCAGUCUACUGUGUGCAUGAAGUGCCUCCUGGGUCGCCCCGCAUGUAGGGAUUAGAUGUCCCUGCCAUUGUUGUCUAUGGAGGUGAUGGAGAUAUGAUCCAUAGUAGUGCCCACGACGCCAGCAUCCCACUCAAGUUAUGGGUCCGGUCGCCGAAUCGACGCUAAUUAGUAAGA